AGGAACACUUUUUUCGUGGCGAGGGGUAUAGAUGCCACGUGGCCACUCCGGCGGUGUGGCACGCGAUUUGGUCAACGGAUAUGUCCAAGUGUCCUACACAAUUGGCUUCUGUCGUGCAGGCCUUGCAGAGUCUCCCUCUAGGUCAUCCCUCUUUUCAACGGCCACCUCUUCGUUUUCCCGAUGACGUCGUUCCGUCGCCCCUGUCGACCGCUGCCCCCUCGCAAGUGGCGCCAUCUCCAUGUGCACCACUUGCUCCCUUUCCCCCUCGUCCGCUUCGUCAGACGAUUCCCGCAUCCGUUGAUGGCAGACCAUCUGUGGCAACGCAGCCUGAUGCGCAAGGCACCGUGCCAGUUUCAGGUGUCGGGGAACCUGUGUCGUUCGACGAGCAAGGCACUCGUGCUUUCGUCGAGGGCGGUGGGUGGGGGAAGGACGCUGGCACAUCAUCAGGCCUCGCCCCGUUGUUCACUGGCAACAGGGACAAGGUCCCAAGAGUUCGACGCRCAGACACACGUCCGRCYGUGGCAGGAGCACCCGCAACAGGACAUCAAUCCGCUGCGUAUCCAUGGUUGCCUCCCCCUCCUUCGCAAACACGACGGCCUACACCAGACUUGACUUCGACACCUGUUGGCGAGGCCGCUGCAACUGCCACUGAGGGUGCGGGAAACGUCCAGCUCGACGAGCCCGUCCAGGUUUCGGAUUCGUCACCCACUCCUGUGCCCGUGAACGGCCCGACCUCGCAGCACGGUGUUUUUGGGACACUGGAUCCUUUACAGAAUCUGCGCAACAUUGCAGCUCCGAGUCCAGGCCCCACCGCAUCACCUGCAGCCGGGGGCGGGGUGUGGGAUUCGCUAGGUAUGGGCGCCGGUGCACGAGUGAGGGGCACUUACAGGCAGCAGGCGGUGACCUCGUAUUACAACGACCCGYUGRAGCACGCAUGRCACCUGCAGAUCAUGCGAUUCAUUGUCGAGAGCGGCAUGCYGUUCAACUGUGUGAAGCUUGAGAGCUUCAAACGCAUGUUGACGUUGAUCAUCCCGCCUGGGGUUCCAGGWGUCCMYACCCCAAAAMMCCCAAYGUAUCACAUGAUCCGUACCACACUUUUGGAUGAGCUUGAUGUGGAAGUCCAAAAGUGUGUGAAACCUGUCCUCGCUACUGCAGCUACCUAYGGUUGCACGAUAAUGACAGACGGUUGRACSAACAUUCGGGGCCAAACGUUGUGCAACUAUCUCGUCGGCACKACACGGGGUGCCACAUACGUCGCGACAGAUGUUAUGCGAGGAAAGAAGGAUGCCACUGCUCUGGCGCAGGCUUGGCUGCGAAGGUUGAAGUCCCUURACAUCAAGCUYGCYGACAUCACCGCUUUCGUCACAGACUCUGYCAGUUCGAACGUUUCUGCGAUGGAGGUGUUCCAGAAGGAUGAGAGUGUCAAGCACAUCUUCUGGAUUCCUUGUGUGGCACACGUCAUGGACCUCAUCCUUGAGGACAUCGGCGRCAUUGACUGGGUGGCGACCCGCAUUGCUCAGGCGCGUUUGGUCACAAAGUUUUUCAAGCGUCAUAGCCACGCUCGCGAAGUUUUGCAAGCUUUCACGACGAAGGCUCUGCUGCUUCCCGCCGAGACUCGCUUCGGUACGCAUGUGAUUAUGAUGCGACGACUUCUUCUGCUGCAAUCGCAUCUUAUGCAGGUGGUCGUUGAUGAUCGAUGGAAGGACACUGUUUGGUCAACGAAGAAGAUUCGAGACGACGCCACGGAGGUCACAGCAUCUGUCGGUUGUCCUCAAUGGUGGGAGGAUAUGAGAGCGCUGUGCAAGUUGUUGGAUCCCAUCAUGUAUAUGCUGCAGAUGGUGGACAGCAACACGAGGCAGAUUGGCAAGAUUCUGCGUCGGUACGACGAGAUGAUCACGCGUUGUUUAUCUGCAUGUGACGCUUUGGAGAAGGACGAGCAGGACGCGUUGCUUGAAGUGUUUGACAGACGCCGCACCAUGUUCAAGUCGCCUGCUCAUGUUGCUGCCAUGAUGUUGGACCCCGAGUUUCGAGACCGCACGAUGCCAGAUGACGAGGAGAUGCAGCACGGUUUGAAACUCGCUGUGAUUCAGUUUGGGUACCCGGAACAUUCGGAUCAGCACACCGAGGUCCUCACUGCCAUUGACAAGUUCCAUUCCAGGGAGCCGCUGUUCGACGACGUGGCCAUGGACCGGGCGGCGAGGAGCUAUACCCAUCCAGCCUGUUUCUGGGAGUCGAAGGAGAAGAGGAGGAGGUGUCGUGGCGGCGGUCGCGGAGGUGGUCGUCAGGGCGGUCGCGGGCGAGGCGGGCGUGGAGGUCCUGGCAGGAGGCGUAGUGUCGCGAGUCGUGGAAGGGCAGUGGACGAGCUAGUAUGCAAGCCUCGACAACGAUGGGAUGAGGGAGACUUUUUGUACRAGAGCUSGUYCAGCGAUGACGAGGAUUUCUUCGGGAYUGGCAGGCCUGCACAGGAUGGCGACAGCGAUUUCGACGACCGUCACCCGAACGUGGGCGACGACGAUGGCGCCAGUGGCGAUGAUCACGGUGACGGAGGAGAUAGGCCACGACCUGCACAUGGUGACAUGAUGCGCGCCGACGGGGCAGGGGGCGAGCACCGCACAGCAKUAGAUGACGCUCGAGAUGGAGUGCAUGAUGAUGGUUCACGACCURUCUCGGGCGGUGACCUGAGGCGCUUGAAACGCGGACCAAGGGAAAAAGACACUAUCGCUUCACGUGUGCGCAAACGUCAUGGUGGGGUUGCUAGCAUUCCACUAUCACGAGUCCCCGCAACUGGGCAGAUUCCAGUUUCUGAGGACUCUUUCAGCAAUCACGGUGGCGAGGAUCGGAUCGAGUUGCAUGGCGGGAGCGGUCAUCCACGAGGUGACACUUCGAGUAUGCACGCGACAGCUCCGAUGGGGCCUUCCGUAGCAGUCCCAGAAUCGCAACAGGGUCCAGCACCGUUGAUGCGUCAUCCCGAGGUUCAGGGAGAGAUCAGUCCUCUCCCGACAGUGCGGGACGAGGGUUCUGUCGGUGCACUGCAUCCACUCACGUCUGCCGGAGCGGCAGUUUCAGUUGCAGCGACCUCGGAUGUGGGACAACCACUGGCAGCGGCGGAGCAAGAAAGUCUACCCUAUGUGUCACCGCCCAAGCCACAACAACCUGUUGUCAUGGAGCGUGGAUCGGACGGGUUUGACGUGGCAGGAGGCGAUAUGGCCGAUAUGAUUACGAGCCCAAUGGUGUCUGCCACGCCCACAAUUUUUCGUGUUGGCAAACUACGCGAGGUGGCCCUUGGUUUGGCGGAGACGGCGACGCGACACCGCCGCGGCGGUCAGUGCAGCAUCGCACAAUGCAGUCUUUGUCAUUCGUUUGACGGCGCAGAGGAAGGGUCUCCUGGUGGGCCAGUUGACACACUCGAAAGAGAAGCAAGACCCCCAAGUCCGCCGUCAAACUYAGAGCAUCAUCCGAUUGCCGCGGCUAUCGGCGCAGAUGCGGGCGUCCCCGUCACAAACAGUGGCGCGGACGCGACAGAACAACUUGUGGUUGGGUCAUCGGCGACAGCACGGCGCGACAGAGCCACUGUUUUGCCGAUAGUGGCAUUCUAUGCCAGCGGGAAGAGUACUGGGGGGAUGGAUGAGCAGGGAGUCCGGAAUGUUGGUAGGCCAUCUGCACCGUCUAUGGGGAAACGAUCCAUUGGGAGUGUGGAUGGUGCUCGGCACACCGCCAUGGCAGAGUUUGAGGACCGACACGGGAGUGCUUUGCCGACGAAGACGUCUGAUGUCCAUGCUACGAGAGCCGCAAAGGCGAGUCUUCCUCGGGCAAGGAAGAAGGCCUCGGCAAGGAAGGCGUCACGUUCAUCCUCACAUAUGCGUUCCCGAGAGAAAGAAUCGGGCGUUGUGCAUCUCGAGGACGGAGAGAUUGCACCCGACGGCGACGCAUUGGAUGUUGGAGGGAGGGAUGCAACGACGGCGGAUAUCGUCGGCAGGGAGGGCACAGGGAAUGCAGUGGCAGGUYAGAAGAGACGCGGCMGUGUACUUAUCGUCCACGACGACAGCACAGAUGUCRCCCCGGGAGAGACCACARRCACUGAUGAUGCAGGGGACUCCGAUUACGUACCCAAACCACGRGCGGCAGAUGGAGAUGAUGGAGGAGGGCGACGAGUGAGACCGAGGACACGACUCGGGCCACAAGGGCAGCGAGCAUAGGGCACACCAUCGGCGAUGAUUCCUGCCCCCAUAGAUCGG